GGAUUCUGGAAAUCUUGUCAAACAAUUUUUUUCCAAUUCCAGGUUCCAUUGGCUACCGGUAGUUUCAUUGUUUCCCUUACUUGAGCCUUCACUUGUUUUGGUCAGUGACCUUACAAAACAAAUACCGGAAAAUUCAAAAUGGCGGCAGCAGCCCAAGGGAAGUUUGUGUGGUUAGAAACGCUUCGUAGUGCAAGGAAAACUAGCCUUGUUCAAGAUGGUAAGUCGCGAGUUUUACUCAGAGCUAAGCAUUUUAAUGAAUUAUUUGUUUUGGAAGACUGGUUCAAGGCUAAAAACAGACAACGAAGAAAUUUCGGAACCAAUCAGGUUCGACAUACGUAAACAACCGUCUCUAUGGCACUUGUAAUAGUCAAAGGUAUUAUUAUUUGCAAGAACUUGUGCUGUUUCGUGUCCUUGAAAAUUGUUUGUAAACUUCUUGAGAUAUGGACAGUAUUAAAGUAUUCAAACAUUCCUUAUUUUCGACGAAAGCUGAACUUCUUCCGUAAAUAACAAAUCAUGAACAUACGACUGACUGUCCAAAUGUGUAGUCUAAGGGUUUUAGAUAGGAAUCAAUUUUAAAAGGUUAUAUGGUUCAGUUGUAAAUAAUAUACCCUUCAAUGUUUGGACGUGACAUUAUUGCUGUAGGUCAUGGCAAGAGAACUUGUUUUAUGAAUUAAUCCCAAAGUUAUUAAUUGUCUACAGUAUUCAUUUUCAUCUUUCUCUAGGUCGACAAAAAGUUCAUUAUACUUUUCCCGAUGGAACAGAGAUGGUAGAGGAAUAUGAGGUAUCUUCUGGAGAACUCUUGGGUGAGUUCAGUUAAAAAACACAAUCUUGAUACAAAAUUUACAAGACAGUAGUACUUCUUUGAGAACACUUUCACUAAAUCAAUGUUUCAGGAGAAAUAAAGGAUACUUGCUGAAUUUUCUCAUUAAAGAUUGACAUUAACCCAUUUUCUCCUAGUGAGGAAAUGGAAAAAGAAAUCUACACUUGGUAGAGAAGGGAAAUGGGAUUAUGAGAUAGGUGAAGACCUCAGGCCUGUCAAUUUGGAUAUGGAAAAUAUCAGUGAAAGUAGAGGAAAUGUAAGUAUGGUGUCAGCCUCUAGGUAUUAACAAUUUUAUUCACUGGUUCAAUUCAUUUACUGAAAACAGUUCUCACAAGCAGCGAUCUGUUAACCCUUUCACUCCCAAGAUCUAAUUAGUAAUUCUCCUUACUAUCUGCCAUACAAUUCUUAUGAUGUUAGUUCAGAGAAUUUGGUAUUGGAUCAACUAAUGAUCCCAUGAUUGAUAUUCUUCUCUAUUCUCAUCACCUACCUGCUUGAUACUGUAUUGAUAUUGUAAGGAGAAAUUCUGUCUUGGUCAAUUGUGGGAGUGAAAGGGUUAAUAGUCCUUCAUUUAAAUGGACACAUUUUAGGAUGAUAGACAAUUUUUGUGGCUCCUGUGUUGUCUGUGUUGUCUGGUUGAACUGUUUGUGUCAAAAAACAAACAAACAAACAAUUCAAGGAUAAACCUGUUAUUUGCUUUAUUUUAUUUCUCAAGCAGUACACUACUAACACUUUCUAGUACUCAAAAAGUGUAACUGCUGUAGUUGGACUUGAUUUCAAACAACUUUGAUUUGUAUUCCUUCUUGUUUAAAUAUGGUAAUGUACCUAAAAAAGCAUCAAGUUUUUAAAAAAUAGUUUUAAAAUUUUUUCUAUCAUUUUAUUGGUGUAUUAAAAAUAAUUUUUUGAAGGAGUGCAGCAUGCUGUUUCAUCAAUUUUUUCUCCUUAGCCCAUGUUUACAAGAAAAGACAACAGUAAAGCCUUUCAGUGGAGAAUAAGGAAUCUUCCGUAUCCAUUGGAAGUAUACAGUGUGACAGUUGAUGAUGACAAACACUCCAUGAUAAUAAGGACAAGCAACAAAAAGUACAGUUUGUAUGACAUUUCAAUUUUCAUUUGUAACAGAAACACUCAUCAACACAAGCUGAGCUUGCAAGCCAGGGCUUAGAAGGUUAUGGAAACUGGGUUAAGUUUUGGCUGAAUUAAUUUUGGUGCUUAGGUUAGUUUUUUUACCUUUUCAGAUACUAUAAAAGGUUUCAAAUUCCUGACAUGGAGAGAGCAAAAGUGGACUUGGAACAGAGUGCAAUAUCUAUAGCCCAUGCCAAUAACACACUCAUAAUCACAGUGAGUUGAACAUUUCCUUUCAUUCAUCAGUUCAUCUUAAGUAAACCACAAAUUUUUCAAAGUUUUAGCUCUUGUUGAGAUGUUUUUGGGAAAUAAUGGUUAUCAGUGACAUGUUUUCAAGGUGAUUCCUAUCUUGAGGGGAUGCCUAUCGGACUCUCCUCACUGUUAACCCAGUACAGGGUGUCUGUGUCAGUCAUCAGUAGAGAGUUUCUCACUAACAGUGGCCAACGUACUCUCUACAGAGGCCAAUUUACAUUAUCAACUCAGUUGAUAAAAUUAAAUUAUCUUCUAAUUCACUCAGCGACAGAGCACCACAGUUUUUUAACCCUUUAACUCCCAUGAGUGACCAAGACAGAAUUUCUCCUUACAAUAUCAAGCAGACAAGUGAUAAGAAAAAGAAAAGUAUCAAUAAGGGGAUUACGAAAAAUCAAGAAACUUCCCCAUUUCUGCUAAGUUAAUGUUCUGUCAAUGGCAAUACCAGUAGUUUUAGUUGAACCUCAAAUUGAACAGAGUUGAUAAUAAGCAACCUAACUUAUGUUGUCAUUUCGAGUAACGCUUCAUCUAUGGAAUAAACGUUUUGAAAUAAGACAGUGAAUCUGAAAGCCAAAAUGUUAUUGAGCCAUCUCUGUAAAGCGGUUUGAGUGCUUUAUUAAAGAGUGUGAUGUCUGUGGAAUAUGAACCUCAGUGUAAUUUUUGUGUUCACAGUACAAAAAGCCCCCUUUGAUUCUUGAACAAGAAAAGCUUAUCCGACAGGAACUAGUCAAAAUGAAAUCAAGUCGCGACGGAGAUGUGGAGUGCACACCAAGCUGACAAAAAGGUCCAUAUCUGGUUAUUGUGUUGUAACUUGCUCUCUUCAGUGUAAGAAGAAGGCUAAAGGACCAGCUGGGUGACAUCAUCAGAGUCGAAUCAAGAGUUACAAAACAAUGAAUUGCGAAAGUUGAUGUAAAUUCUUUUAACAUAAUCUGCUCUGUUUGAUAGUUACCCUGUAAAGUUGGCGAAUGGAAAUUUAUUGCGUAACAAAAAUUUGAGUGCCUGUUCUGCUUUAGACGGAUGUCUUAAAGACCCUGCCUGGAUUAUAGUAGAUUCAGAAAUACCGUUUAUUUACUGAGUGUAAGGUUUAAGACUGUCCUGAUGGCUUGACUGGAUUGAAUUACGAAAGAUUGCCCGUGCUUUUCUGGAGCUUUGAUCAACUUUAAAGGACUUGGCUUUCCUGUAAAUAGAUAAUUUGGUUAAAUCAACUGAUUUGAUAAAGUAAUUUGGCUACCGUCGAUA